UCGCGCGCCGUUUUGGGCGUGUCCCUCCUUGAAAAUUUUUCUGCUUUUUUUGGUUGAAUUUUCUUCUAUUUUAGACUGAAAAAAUUUUAGAAAAUUUUUUUCAUUUAUUGUCUGUGGAAAAUUAUGGCAGCCUUGAUUAGACAUGCCUUAAAGUUGCGUUAUUGGUUAAUUGGAGGAGCUGCUGCUGGUGGUAUAACUACUGCAAACUGGAUAGAUGAUCUCAAAAAAUCGUUGCCAGAUUUCCCUGCUUGGGCCAAAUAUGAGCACAUUGCCUCAACUUUUGACAAAUUUAGCCCGAAAUUUAAGGGUUUAAAUUUUCGGCAAGAGUUGGAGCGUCUUUGGCAAUUGAAUGAGCAUAAAGGAGAAGGUCUUCUUUGGUCUGUUUUUGCACCUCCCUACAUUUUGGCAAACGUAUCAGGUGUUUCGAUUGACUUUACAAGUGGGGCGAGUGAACGGAUGGACUCGUCGUUUGAGGCGUCAACGCAGAACGGUUUUAAAUUUAAUUUUUUGGGGUUUUUUCUAGAAUUUUGGGGGAAUUCUGCAAGGUUUCCUUAUUAUUAUGAAAUUUUUGAUAUUUUUUGCUAA